AUGAGAGUGAAGUACAUGACAGCAAUGACAAAAGGAACUAAUAUCAAACCUAAUGAAAUCACUCACGAGGACAUAGAGCUUAACAAGUACUUUGUGGAGUAUCUUAUAAAUGAAGAGUAUGUAAGACCUUACUUCAUGUUUGACAGCAUGAAUGAGGAUGUUAUUUCAUGGUUAAAGAAUAUAAGCAAUGUUUUCGGUAAGUACGUCAUAGAUGACAAAGGUCUUGUUGUAUUUUAUGAGACAGCAAUACGAACACAGGAACUAAUGGAUAUUAUGCACUCAACAGCAAAGAAAGGAUUUAGUACUAUUGGCAUGAAUGAACAUUGCAGGAAUGACAUAUACAACAUAUGCUCACGAAAGCCUUACACAAAAGCAAUACAAAUGAUAGAACAUAAGUGUCUAAGGUCAGCAAAUGAAAUCAUUACUGUCAGUGGUUAUGAAAGAACUGUUAGCAAAGAUGAGUGGAAACAGCUAUUCAUAUUAAGGAAGGACGUUGCUGAACUAGUUAAACCUGUUGCACAAACAUUGUUUCAGAUAAGACCAGCAAUGACUAAGAACCCUUUGACCUUAGUCAAUGAGACCAUAGAGGUUGAAGAUAAUGACAUGAAAGAACUAGGAAUGAAUGAGAGAAGUUGUGAAGGAUGUUUGAGUCAAAACACAUGGUUCUUCAGAGCUGUUAAGAAACUUAGUAAAGAACGACAGAAAUAUUGA